AUGGCUCAUCAGAACUGGCCCAUUAAUGCAGGCCAUACAAAUCCAAACUAUCAACAAUCUUCCCAGCAGAGCCUAAAUGAAACAGAAGAGCUGGAUGAUUUAUACAAUAAUAGACCUGCGUCUGUAAGGUCUAGUUAUUCUAAUUUUCAUGGUACAAGGGCGUUGAACUACUCACCGCCAAAACAUUACCAUAGUCAUGCUACUCCUCAAGUACCUCAGAAAAGGGGACAGUCCAGUAGGAGCAGCAUGAGAUCCAUGGCAUUUUUGAACAAUGGUCCUCCUGCGUAUACCUCUCACGGUCAAAAUCCUGGAGACUCAGAGACACCCAUGUAG